AUGAAUAUUUCGCUCAGCGAUGUCGGACAUAUAGCACCAAUUGAGAUUUUGUUGGGAGCUGAUGUUGUAGGCAAAUUGUAUACAGGGAGGAAAUAUCAGUUACAGUGUGGUCUUGUAGCAGUUGAAACUUUGUUAGGUUGGACUCUUAUGGGCAAGGUGCCGGCAGUUGCUUCUAAUUUCAGCACAUCUAUGAUGUCGAUUGCGUUGUUUGUUGAUAGUUCUUCUGUGGCGAAACUCUGGGAGAUUGAUAUUAUUGGGAUAACCGAUCCUGUAGAAAAAUUGACACGAGAGGUGGCGGCCAAGGAGGCUAAAUUUUUUUCUACGAGACUAUCCGAUGUGACAACGAAGGUAGAUAAUUUAGUUGUCGCUAGAAGAAGGUUAGAUACUACUUUAAAUAAGUUGAAAAAGUCCAAUUUGUUUGAAUCGUAUAACUUAAUAUUCAAUGAGUGGUUGAACGAGGGUGUGAUCGAAAUAGUAAAUAAUCCCGAAGAGAAUAAUUGUGUGCACUAUUUGCCUCACAGGCCCGUUAUUAAAAAUACUAGCGGAACCACGAAAAUUAGGCCAGUCUUUGAUGCAUCAUCUCAUAAACAGGGUCGUCCUUCUUUGAACCAGUGUUUAGAGGUAGGGCCUAAUCUUAUUGAACUUAUUCCUUCUGUGCUAUUACGGUUCAGACAACAAAAAAUAGAUGUGGUGUCGAAUAUUCGAAACGCUUUUCAUCAAAUUUCUGUACAUUCGAAGGACAGAGAUUUUUUGAGGUUCCUAUGGGUAAACAAUGAAGGAAAGGAAUUUGUAUUUCGACAUAAGAGAGUUGUUUUUGGAGUCAACUGUAGUCCAUUUCUUCUGGGUGCUACUAUAGAAUUUCAUUUAAUAAAGGCGCUGAAGAAAUGUUGUAAUGAUAUGCCGUACUCUAAAAAUGCAAUUGAAAGGCUUAUGAUUGGGUUCUAUGUAGAUAAUUGUGUGACUAGUGUUACCGAUGAGAAUGAGUUGAGAAAGUUCGUAUCAGAAGCAACUGCCAUCAUGGAGGAAGCUAAGAUGGAUUUGAGAGGGUGGGAGUCUUCUGGUAGUACAAAAACAGUUGUCCCUGUUCUUGGUCUUCUCUGA